UUGCAAUAUAUCGACACACCUGUGUUUUUAAGUGUUAUUCUUUAGUAUUUGUGCUGUUUGGUUGUUAAUUGGCGUGUACUAUAAGAUGAGUGAGAUGAGUGAUACAACAAUGCCAUGGUUUGGUAUGGACAUAGGUGGCUCACUAUGCAAAUUGGUGUAUUUUGAACCUAAGGAACUUCCCAGGGAAGAGGCAGCUUCCCAAGUAGAGACCCUAAUGAAUAUUAGGAGGUACCUUACAAAGAAUUCUGCAUAUGGAAAGACUGGUCAUCGAGACAUGCAUUUACAGAUGGAAAACGUAAAAAUAAGAGGAAUAUUAGGUACAUUACAUUUUAUUAGGUUCCCAACGAGUGGGAUGAAAAAUUUUCUUAGUUUGGCGAAAUACAAAGGUAUGGCGAAACUAGUAACCACAGUAUCGGCCACCGGUGGAGGGGCGUACAAAUUUGAAGAAGAUUUCAGGCGGGAAGUGAAUUUAAAACUUGCCAAAUUCGACGAAUUUGACUCACUAUUAGCAGGGUUACAUUACAUAGAUAGGAACAAUCCCUCAGAGUGUUAUUACUGGGCGAACUCCACAGAUGAAGAAAGGUGUAGUAAAGUGAAUUACGAUUUUUCAAGGCCUUAUCCCUUCCUCAUUGUAAAUAUAGGUUCUGGAGUUAGCGUUUUAGCAGUAUAUUCGGAAACCAACUAUAAACGUAUCUCAGGUACUAGUAUAGGAGGAGGUACAUUCUUAGGACUUUGUUGUCUUUUAACUGGCUGUAAUACAUUCGAAGAAGCAAUAGGUUUAGCUGCUGAAGGUGACAAUCGAAACGUAGACAAACUCGUUAGGGAUAUAUACGGCGGUGACUACGCAAGAUUCGGACUUCCAGGAGAUUUAGUAGCUAGUAGUAGAGGCUUUUAUGUUGGUGGUUUUUAUUCAAAAACCUGGUCAGCUGGUAUUUACAUUCUAAGGAAGAAUGAACUAGAUAACUUUCACGUGAGCAUACUGACCACGAUUUUCCAAGCAGAGAUAUUCGUCAUUCUGGCACUGAUCUCUACGCUUAAAAUGGUGAUGAUGCCAAGGAGUUCUGUACCUGCCAGACAGCCUACACCGCACUGGAGGGACGUUCAACUUCUGCAUGGUUCAAAACUAAAUUUAAAGAUUUUACGAAUAGUAAAACGACUAGCUCCACUGAAUGCUGGUGAUUCCCGUGUCCUGGUUAACCGACGACGGGAUGCCAAACUGCCGUUAAUAUGA